AUGGGCACCGUUGCCGGAUCCAUGCCUGGAGCAGUCGGAGUUGGGGUCGGCGUAGGAAGCUCCUUCUCCCCUUUUCUCGGCCAGCAAUCACCCUAUGGCGCCAGUUUAGGGCGUCGAGGACUCUCUUCCUCCACAUUGUCGUUACUGUCCUCCCAUCCAUCUUCGCCAGUCCCGUCGCCUGCCUCAGGUGCAUUCUUUUCAACAGAGACAAGGAACUCGUUCGAUAUAGAAGCAAUUGAUGUGAGCGAGGGCGAGGGGGAGCAGGAUGUCGUUGCCAGCAUUGACGGUGACGAUGAGAGCGAAUCCUCGGGCUCCGAAGAAGAAGGAGACGACGAUCUCCUUAGCAUCAGCGGCAGAUAUGAUAGCGACAGUGAAGACCAGGAGGAUAGUGGCAUCGAAUCGUCCCCCAUCUCGACAUAUGACCCCAUCCCUGCGGCCAGUUCGGUGUCGUCUUCUGCACCUUCGCCCAGCAUGAUGGCUGGCCGGCUUGGGUUAUAUGGCGGAGUGCAGCUGCAGACAUAUAGCGGAGACAACUUGACGCGAUCGCAAGAAAUUGGGCGACAAGAUCGAUCGCAGGAUUCACUACAGUCACACGACCAGAGGAAGGACACCGUCCUAGUGCCCGAUAUGCACGCAGUAACAUUAAUGACAGCGCCUAUGGACAAAGAUGAGGAAAGGCUGUUGACAGUCUCUGCGCAGGACACUGACGACAACGACAACGAUGCUGCAAGUGUCGGAUCUGCACCAUCACCAGCCCUUUCGCAUUCCACGCCCACAUACUCUGCGCAAUCAACGACACCCUCCUCUCCUUCCUUGUCCAGCUACCCGUACCCGCUGGACUUCCAAUUUACACCCGACUCGCGUCUCCCACCUGCCUUGUCCACGUCUUCUGCCGCUGCUGUCUCUUUUAUACCCGAUACCCUGGAUGGCGCCAGCAACACGUCCGAUGUUCUCCUUAACGAACCCGAAUCUACGCAUCUGCCGUUGACACCCUUGGAGGCACGGAUACCUGCCUCAGCAACAAACCUUAAUAACCACGCCACACCAUUGUCAUCUCUAUUGGAGCAAAAGGACGAACAGGACAAUAACAUUGAACCGCACCUGAUUGCUGAAGAGAACCUAGACACUGGCACGACUGUUGCACCGGAGUCAACGGAAGCGGCGUACCAAAACGUGGAGGGUUUGCUUGACGAAGGGAUCUUUGAGGACGAAGAGGAUAGCAGCUACGAGGCCCUUGAAGUCAUUGACAAAGCCCAGAAUGUCAACACUCAGGAAGCCCUCGAAGCAGAAUCGCACCCUGACGGCUACGGAUCAUUACCCAAGUACAGUACCUAUCCAACAACUUUAACACCAACUGUUCAACAGCAGCAUGACAAUAUACAGGACCUGAGCCCCUCAUCUUCCAAUUCUGAUGCGAUGGUGGCGGAAUUGAAGGAGGUUCGGACGAUACUGCAGGAUCUUCACAAGAGGAUGGACCGACUGGAGCGAUCUCUUCAAGCGACGUCUUCGUCAUCUGAAUCUGGACCGCAAAAGGACAAAUCAUCGUCUCCCGUUACAAGACGACGCGGGAUUCUGUCGAUCAUCAAGGUGAUGGCUACACCGCGGCGAGGAGGACUUUUCCGGAUUGCCCGCCAUGUUGGAAGUAACGAGCUUCUCAGGACAGGCAGCAAUUGCGGUAGUAGUGGCGGCAGUGGCCGCCACCAAGGAUCAACGAUAGACCCAGGAUUUGAUAACGUUACAGCAACUCAUGGCUUGCAGUUUGCUGUGCCCCCAGUUACCCGAGGACUAUUUGCCGCCAACCAUGGUACUGCCGUCACCGGCGCACAAAUGUAUGCUCUUAACAGGACAGGAGUAUCACCACCAAUAACGAGUUCCUACGACCUUUCGAGCGGCGUCAACAAUGGCAGUGGGGGGAGUGCGAUACCGGACCCGGGCAUUGUCAACAUCACCCCCCCCUCCAACAAAAUACGUAUCCCGGUAAGUGCAGUCAAGGCACUGCCAUCGUCAACAUCCUCGCCUAGUGGCUCCUCAGGACAGAGUAGUAGCAGUCAUGUCUUCAAACCUACCUCAGCCACUACCGGCGGUAGUAGUCGUGAUCGAGGCGUGAUCCGUACAACACUGUCAUCCACCGGUACAAGCGCCUCCGGAGGAGGCGAUCAAGUCAGGCGGAAGUCGAGUCCAGGAAAAACGACACAGCAACAACAGCACCAGCAACAACAACCCAAGGACCGACAAUCAUUCCACGCGACUCUAAUUGACCUCUUUGCGCGGGACAAAAAAGCCCUCCUCUGCCCCAAGUGCCAUCAAGAAGGCAACAUCCACCGUGACGGGAUCUCUGGAAGCGGUAUGGAGCCCUGGCGGUGCAUCCACGCACCAGCUACCGCACCUCACAGCACACAACAGCAUACAUUACAAGAAGCCAUGUCGGAUACAGGAAAUUGGUGUCUCAUCGAAAGUGACCCUGGCGUGUUCACAGGAUUGAUCAAGGACAUUGGCGUACAGGGUGUGCAGGUGGAGGAGAUCUAUUCCAUCGACAAGGAGACACUUGAAGACCUCAAGCCGGUGCAUGGACUGAUUUUCUUGUUCAAGUGGCAAGGACGCGACCCGGCUUCGACGACCAACCAGGCCCCCAUCGAGUAUGAGAACCCGGACGUCUUCUUUGCACAGCAGGUGAUCACGAAUGCAUGUGCGACACAGGCGAUUUUGUCGAUUUUGCUGAACUCGAGGACGAUUGACCUUGGAGAGGAGUUGACCAACUUCAAGGCUUUUGUCUCUGACUUUCCGGCCGAGAUCAAAGGACACGCAAUCUCAAACUCGGAUGUGAUCCGCGCGGUCCACAAUUCUUUCUCGCGCUCAGACCCUUUCAUCAACGAAAUGAGCGAUCCCACCAGCAAGGAAAAAGAAGACCUGUUCCAUUUCAUCGCCUACACACCCAUCAACGGAUGUCUCUACGAACUCGACGGCCUCCAAGAAGGACCCCGGAACCACGGUCCGGCACCUGGAGACAGCUGGCUCGAAAAGGUCGGUCCCAUCAUUCAGGAACGUAUGGCCCGCUAUGAGGGUGGCGAGAUCCGGUUCAACCUGAUGGCAGUUGUGGAUGAUCGGAUUAAGGUUUACCAGGAAAAGGUUGCCGCCCAUGAGGAGCAAUUGAAGGCAUUACAGGAGAAGGAAGGGCCCGAGGCCGGGGCAUGGUUGAAGGGAGAGAUUGAGAAUUUGAGAGGGGAUAUUGUGAAGGAGGAAGGGAAACGGGAGAAACAGGCGAGGGAGAAUAAGUUGAGACGACAUAAUUUCAUCCCGUUGAUUUAUGAGAUCUUGAAGGGGUUGGCGCAGGAGGAGGGGAGGUUGGAGGGGUUGGUAGAGGAAGGGCGGACGAGGGCCAAGGCGGAGGCUGAGAGUACUAAACAGAGAAAGGCUGCCUCUGCUGCUGCCGGUGGCGGAAGCGAGGAUGUUGAUAUGUAUGAAUAA